UUCCCCCUCUCCUCUCUCCCCUUCUCUCCUCCAUUUUCUCCUUUCCCCUUCCUUCCUGCCCCGGCCCGCCCUCUCCGCUUCCACCUGUCCUUCCUCCUUGCUCCCGGGGAGCCCCGUUUUGGACUAGUUGGGGGCCACAGUCGGUGGCGGGGGAGGGGGGCCCUGUGGACUGCCCUCUCCCCCCGCCCCAGCCACACCACCACCCAGCACCAGAGCAUCUCCCCGCUGUCUUUCUCGGGCCUCGAGGGAGCCCAGCCCUCCGUCCCACCAGGAUCCGUGGCAAGUGGGGGGCCGCGGCAGCUGCGUCCCCAUGAGGAGGGGAGGAAGAUGCCGGCUGAGCUGCUGCUGCUGCUGAUUGUUGCCUUCGCCAGCCCCAGCUGCCAGGUGCUCUCAUCACUGCGCAUGGCUGCAAUCCUGGACGACCAGACAGUGUGUGGCCGCGGUGAGCGUCUGGCCCUGGCUCUGGCCCGGGAGCAGAUCAACGGGAUCAUUGAGGUCCCAGCCAAGGCCCGCGUGGAAGUAGACAUCUUUGAGCUUCAGCGGGACAGCCAGUACGAGACCACGGACACCAUGUGUCAGAUCCUUCCCAAGGGAGUCGUGUCCGUCCUGGGGCCCUCCUCCAGCCCUGCGUCUGCCUCCACCGUGAGCCAUAUCUGUGGGGAGAAGGAGAUCCCCCACAUCAAAGUGGGUCCUGAGGAGACGCCCCGCCUGCAGUACCUGCGCUUCGCGUCUGUCAGCCUGUACCCCAGUAACGAGGACGUCAGCCUGGCGGUCUCCCGCAUCCUCAAGUCCUUCAACUACCCCUCGGCCAGCCUCAUCUGUGCCAAGGCCGAAUGCCUGUUGCGGUUGGAGGAGCUGGUGCGUGGCUUCCUCAUCUCCAAGGAGACGCUGUCGGUGAGGAUGCUGGAUGACAGCCAGGACCCCACACCGCUGCUCAAGGAGAUCCGCGACGACAAGGUGUCCACCAUCAUCAUUGACGCCAAUGCGUCCAUCUCCCACCUCAUCCUCCGUAAGGCCUCAGAGCUGGGAAUGACCUCAGCGUUUUACAAGUACAUCCUCACCACCAUGGACUUCCCCAUCCUGCACCUGGACGGGAUUGUGGAGGACACCUCCAACAUCCUGGGCUUCUCCAUGUUCAACACCUCACAUCCCUUCUACCCCGAGUUUGUGCGCAGCCUCAACAUGUCCUGGAGGGAGAACUGUGAAGCCAGCACCUACCCGGGUCCUGCGUUGUCGGCAGCCCUGAUGUUUGACGCCGUGCACGUGGUGGUGAGCGCCGUCCGGGAGCUGAACCGCAGCCAGGAGAUCGGCGUGAAGCCGUUGGCCUGUACGUCGGCCAACAUUUGGCCCCACGGGACCAGCCUCAUGAACUACCUCCGCAUGGUAGAGUAUGACGGGCUGACUGGGCGGGUCGAGUUCAACAGCAAAGGGCAGAGGACCAACUAUACCCUGCGCAUCCUUGAGAAAUCCCGGCAGGGCCACCGCGAGAUCGGGGUAUGGUACUCUAACCGGACCCUGGCCAUGAACGCCACCACCCUGGACAUCAACCUGUCGCAGACGCUGGCCAACAAGACGCUGGUGGUCACAACCAUUCUGGAGAACCCCUACGUCAUGCGCCGGCCGAACUUCCAGGCCCUGUCUGGGAAUGAGCGUUUCGAGGGCUUCUGUGUGGACAUGCUGCGUGAGCUGGCUGAGCUCCUGCGCUUCCGUUACCGCCUGCGGCUGGUGGAGGAUGGGCUGUACGGGGCGCCUGAGCCCAACGGCUCCUGGACAGGCAUGGUCGGCGAGCUCAUCAACCGGCAGAAGGCAGACCUGGCUGUGGCUGCAUUCACCAUCACAGCGGAGCGGGAGAAGGUCAUCGACUUCUCCAAACCCUUCAUGACCCUGGGGAUCAGCAUCCUCUACCGAGUGCACAUGGGCCGCAAGCCUGGCUACUUCUCCUUCCUGGACCCCUUCUCCCCUGCUGUGUGGCUCUUCAUGCUUCUUGCCUACCUGGCUGUCAGCUGCGUCCUGUUCCUGGCCGCCAGGCUGAGUCCCUACGAGUGGUAUAACCCCCACCCAUGCCUGCGGGCACGCCCUCACAUCCUGGAGAACCAGUACACACUGGGCAACAGCCUCUGGUUCCCCGUGGGGGGCUUCAUGCAGCAGGGCUCGGAGAUCAUGCCUCGGGCGCUGUCCACGCGCUGUGUCAGUGGAGUCUGGUGGGCUUUCACCUUGAUCAUCAUCUCCUCCUACACGGCCAACCUGGCCGCCUUCCUCACCGUGCAGCGCAUGGAGGUGCCCGUGGAGUCAGCCGACGACCUGGCCGACCAGACCAACAUUGAGUACGGCACGAUCCAUGCUGGGUCCACCAUGACCUUCUUUCAGAACUCACGGUACCAGACGUACCAACGCAUGUGGAACUACAUGCAGUCCAAGCAGCCCAGUGUGUUUGUCAAGAGCACGGAGGAAGGCAUUGCCCGUGUCCUCAACUCCCGCUACGCCUUCCUGCUCGAGUCUACCAUGAACGAGUACCACCGGCGGCUCAACUGCAACCUCACCCAGAUCGGGGGCCUCCUCGACACCAAGGGCUAUGGCAUCGGCAUGCCGCUGGGCUCCCCAUUCCGGGAUGAGAUCACCUUGGCCAUCCUGCAGCUUCAGGAGAACAACCGGCUGGAGAUCCUGAAGCGCAAGUGGUGGGAGGGGGGCCGGUGCCCCAAGGAGGAGGAUCAUCGAGCUAAAGGUCUGGGCAUGGAGAACAUUGGUGGCAUUUUUGUUGUGCUCAUCUGUGGUCUCAUCAUUGCUGUCUUCGUGGCGGUCAUGGAAUUCAUAUGGUCCACACGGAGGUCGGCAGAGUCUGAAGAGGUGUCGGUGUGCCAGGAGAUGCUGCAGGAGCUGCGGCACGCGGUGUCUUGCCGCAAGACUUCGCGUUCCCGCCGCCGCCGGCGCCCGGGCGGCCCUAGCCGGGCCCUACUGUCGCUGCGCGCAGUCCGCGAGAUGCGCCUCAGCAAUGGCAAGCUCUACUCGGCCGGCGCGGGCGGGGAUGGGGGCGGGGCGCACGGGGGCCCCCAGCGCCUCCUGGACGACCCGGGGCCGCCUGGCGGGGCCAGGCCUCUUGCCCCCACGCCCUGCACCCACGUGCGCGUCUGCCAGGAAUGUCGGCGCAUCCAGGCGCUGCGGGCGUCCGGGGCCGGCGCGCCCCCGCGUGGCCUAGGUGCCCCCGCUGAAGCCACCAGCCCGCCCCGGCCGCGGCCGGGCCCCACCGGCCCCCGAGAGCUGGCCGAGCACGAGUGACCAUGGGCGGAGCCGGGCUGGCGGCCGGACUGAUUGCAGGGACGGGACCCGCCCCAGGCCCGGGCCGCUCCCGUUUCCCCAGUGGACAAGGGACGGGACUUGUGGCCCGGUACUCCGGACGCCGCGAUUUUGCCUUCGGCUCAUGGUGAAGUCCGAGGCCCGGCUCUGGAGCCUGCCUGCGCCCCCUAGUGGACUCGCCAGAGGGUGCCGCGGACCCUGCACUCCGCCCCCGACUGCGGACAUGAGCGCAGGAACCGAGGACUUCAGGGGCCCGGGACUGUGGGGCCAUUCCAGAAGCGGAAAGCAGUCCGCGAGGAGAGCUCCAUCCUGGGACUGCUCAGGCUCCCCAAGACUUGACACAGCCCUCCCUACUUCUGGAGGAGGGGAGGGCUUCUGGGCAGAUGGGUGUCCCCUGGCGCCCCUUAACUCUUCUCUUUCUCUCUUUUUUUUGGGGAGAAACCUCGGAAUUUCUAUGAGACCCCCCCCAGGGAGGAGGUCAGUUGGGCCCCCAUCCCUCCCCCUGCCACACCCCCGGUCCCUGUUGGAAUAAAAAAAAGAACAAAACCCCAAAACUGGGGAUACCUGGGUCUCAUUUC